AUGAGUGCCAAUCGAGGCGCCAAAAUUGUCCUGCACUGGCUGGAAAAAUCCCGAGCCCAACGGAUCAUGUGGCUCAUGGAGGAGCUAAAUCUCUCCUACAACAUCAAGACGUACAAACGCGGCCCCAAUGGCGUCGCGCCUCCCGAGUUGAAACAGAUCCAUCCGCUGGGGAAAUCACCCAUUGUGUCGGUGCAACCCCCGGAUGCCUCCCAGCCCAUGGUCCUGGUCGAGUCGGCUCCCAUCCUCGAGUACUUUCUCGAUCAUUUCGGUGGAGCCAACGCCCGGCUGGUUCCCCAGCGCUACCAGCCCGGUCGCGAGGGCCAGUUGGGCGGCGAAACGGAGUCCUGGAUGCGCUAUCGGUACUAUAUGCACUAUGCCGAGGGGAGUCUCAUGUCGCCAAUCCAGGUGCAACUGAUCAUGAAUGGUAUUUCUCAGUUAUUUCUUGUCCUGUAUGUAUGGCUGAUGGCGGACCGAACAGCGGUCAAAAAUGCCCCCGUCCCCUUCUUCAUCAAACCAGUCACCGGGUUCAUCACCGGCAAAGUCAGCGCCGAGUUCCUCGACCAAGAGCUGCGGACCCAUUUCCGCUUCCUCGAGGGCCAGCUGGCGUCUGCUCCUGAGCAAGGGCCGUUUCUCUGCGGCUCACACCUGACCGCGGCCGAUAUCCAGAUGAGCAUCCCGGUCAUUGCCGCCCUCAAUCUGGCCAUCAUUCCGCGCAAGGAGUAUCCACGACUGGAUGCCUAUGCCGGGGAGAUUCAGAAUUCCCAGGGUUACCGACGGGCCGUGGAGAAGGUGGAGAAGAUCGAAGGGAAGCCCUUUGUGCCGAUCUGA